GUCCGCGCGUGCGCGCCCCGCGCGUCUGGGUCGUGGAGCCGUCGGCCGUGGUCACCUUCGCAGAUGGGCUCAGUGGCCUAGCGCCCCGGUCCCCGCCGUCCGUGACCGAGCGCCGAGGCCCGCGAGGGGUCGCCGCCGAGGUUUCCACCAGCCCACAAGCAAGAGCAUGGCAGCCAUCCCCUCCAGCGGCUCGCUCGUGGCCACCCACGACUACUACCGGCGCCGCCUGGGCUCCACUUCCAGUAACAGCUCCUGCGGAAGUGCCGAGUACCCUGGGGAAGGCAUCCCCCGCCACCCCGGUCUCCCCAGAGCUGACCCGGGACACUGGUGGGCUAGCUUCUUUUUCCGGAAGUCCACUCUCCCAUUCAUGGCCACAGUGUUGGAGUCCCCAGAGCACUCAGAGCCAGCCCAGGCCUCCACCGGCACGAUCACCUGUGACCUGGCUCGGGAAGCCGUGGGGAAGCAGCAGCCUGGCGGCCAGCCUGGCCAAACCAACUACAGGCCCCCGUCCUGAGUGGCCACCACCAGCUGCCGGGCUUCCUCCCAAGGCGCUAGGCUCAUCAGAGCCCCCCUUCCUUCCCCUCCCUGAGAGUGAGCAGG